AAGCAUUCAAGCUGGGAGAAACUGGUCUCUACUUCAACCAGAGGUGUUGGCAAGGUCAUUAAAGAGUGUGACAGAAAGGUACAAGUUUCCAUUUGUCUUGUUCUCCCAGGAGUCACUUCACUUUCCAUAUAAUCACAGCCUCAAGUGCAGUUUCAACACAGACAAAAUUAGCACCCUCAUCACAAGCAUAAACCAAAUUAAAUUUCUUAUUUUCUUCUUGUAACAACAAAUAGUCUCACCCUCAGCUUCAGAAUCAGGGUUCAAUUUUAUCACGAAUUUUGAUUCCAUGUCUUCUGAUCUCUAUGCUUUUGGCACUACUUUCCACACACAUUCAAGCUCAGACCUGGUUUCUGCUGAUGGGGAUGUUGGAGACUUUCCAUUUUUCCCUGACCCUUUCACUUGCUUCACAAGUUCUCCCACUGAUGAAGCUCAAAAGAGCUCAAUUUCAAACCCAUUUGAUGAAACUCUUGCUAAUUCUCUUGACCCAUUUUCCCCGUCUUUUUCCUCUUUCUCUCCCCCAAGUUCCCACUUAGGAAGCCUCAGCCUUUAUGCCGCCAACCGUGUGCAGCAGCAGCAGCCUCUGUCCUCAAAUGGCUCCAAUUUAGCGACGGAAUAUGGAUGCUUCUCAGCUUUUGAUGAGUCUGAAGUGAAAAGUGAGGAAUCCCAAAUGGGUGUUGUUCAUGAUUAUACCUGCAGUACUCAGAAAUUCAUUCCUCACAGUUACAGUGGUGCUGAGGAUUUGUCUAAGUACAUGCAAAGAAGCUUCAGCAGUAACUGUUUUGAAGGGAAGCCAAGCUUUCUGUUCCAAAAUUCUCACCAUGAUGCUUCAGUGGAUUCAUCAAAAUUUCAAAAGCAUGAGAUGAAUUCUCCUGAACACAGUGUCUUCUCUGGACAGAUGAGGAGGGUGUGCAGCACAGGGGAUUUGCAGAACAUGAAAGGAAAUCACAUGUCUCCAUCGGAAGGGCCUGUGUUGGAGGAAUCAAACUUCAAAGUAGGGCGUUACAGUGCUGAAGAAAGGAAAGAAAGAAUUUCUAAAUACAGAGCCAAGAGAAACCAGAGGAACUUCAACAAGACCAUUAAGUAUGCAUGCCGAAAGACACUAGCCGACAAUCGACCACGCAUACGUGGCAGGUUUGCACGCAACGAUGAGACCUGCUAGAUAACCAAGGCUCCGUGUGUAACUAGAGAUGAAGAUGAAGCUGAUUUCUGGAUUGAAGAAUUGCGGCUGCAUGAAGAGCAAGAUCAUGAUGUAACAGUGGCAGCACAACAGUAUAUGAAAAGUUAUGGAGCUACUCAGUUUCAAUGUUAUGGUUAUUGAGGAAGAAGAAUCUUUUUUUUUUCUUCUUUUUUAUGGAAGAGCUAGCUAGCUUGAUCAAGGAAAAGUCUUUUGCAAGCCACAGACUAAUGUAGUGCUGCAGUUUGCAGAUAGUUAAUUUUAUUUUUUAACAUGUUUUUUUUCUUUAAAUAAAGACAAUAUAUAUCAAUAAGAGUACCACUAUGUAGAUUCUUUGAUGCCCCUAAGGUCAAACAUGAAAUUGGGUUGUUGGAGGUGGCUAGGAUAAUUUAGUUAUAGUUGCUAACUAUUUAUCUUUUUUAGUACUUAUUCCAUAUUAUGAUUAUCAUGAUUCGUCU